AGAUUUAUUACGUGCAAGAAUUAAGGAGUAAAAAUAUUAUUAAAGAAACGAGAGCUGGUAUGGCGAUUUUCCUUCAAACAAAUGUAGAGUGAAAACGCGGUUUCAAGAAGCGCUUUUGAUUUAUGGUCUUCUAAAUCUCUAUUGCAUUUCUCGAAUUUGGCAAAUGGAAAUUGAUACUAGACUCGUGUGAUGAGUAACAGGCUUGCACAGAGAUCAAAAAGUUUUGGUAAAAAGGUGGAUUGAAGCGGGAGUGAGUGGCAUAUGGGCAUGCAAAGUUUCACAGAAAACCCAUUAAUGGUUUAUCCAAAUUACUGACAAUGGUCUGCCCACAUACAGCGAAAGCUCUGCUAAAUUUGUUCCCCAAAAAAAACAAAAAAUCACAAAACAAACAGCCCCUUUAAACCCAAUACAAACCCACUCGAGGGUUUUCUUCUUCAAACCCCAGAAGAGACCAAAAAAGGAAAAAGCAUAUCUUGGGCUGCUUUGAUUUUCGGUCAUGGCUGCCAAGGAGUCAAGCUCUGCUUCUUCAGGGGAUAGUAAAGUUAAGGGGGUGUUCACCCAUGGUGGUCGAUACGUUCAGUAUAACGUCUAUGGUAACUUGUUUGAGGUCUCCAGCAAGUACGUGCCUCCCAUCCGCCCAAUCGGCAGAGGUGCUUAUGGCAUUGUUUGUGCUGCUGUUAAUUCAGAGACACAUGAGGAAGUUGCCAUUAAGAAGAUUGGUAAUGCAUUCGACAACAGGAUAGAUGCUAAAAGGACAUUGAGAGAAAUCAAGCUCCUCCGCCACAUGAAUCAUGAAAAUGUUAUUGCCAUCAAGGACAUCAUUCGACCUCCAAAAAAGGAGACCUUCAAUGAUGUAUACAUUGUUUAUGAAUUGAUGGACACUGAUCUCCAUCAAAUUAUUCGUUCUGACCAACAACUAACAGAUGAUCAUUGCCAGUACUUUCUGUAUCAGCUGUUACGAGGACUAAAAUAUGUACACUCUGCUAAUGUCUUGCACCGUGAUCUUAAGCCCAGUAAUUUGCUUCUAAAUUCUAAUUGUGACCUUAAAAUCGGAGAUUUUGGAUUGGCAAGGACCACAUCAGAGACUGAUUUCAUGACUGAGUAUGUUGUCACUCGUUGGUACCGUGCACCUGAGUUACUCCUUAAUUGUUCAGAAUACACUGCAGCAAUUGAUGUUUGGUCUGUUGGUUGCAUACUUGGUGAAAUUAUGACCAGAGAACCUCUGUUCCCUGGGAAGGAUUAUGUUCAUCAGCUGAGGCUUAUAACAGAGUUAAUAGGGUCACCGGAUGAUGCUAGCCUUGGAUUUCUUCGAAGUGAUAAUGCCCGUAGGUAUGUGAAACAGCUUCCACAAUGCAGGAAGCAACAAUUUGCUGCUAGAUUCCCUAAUAUAUCUUCUGGGGCUGUGGAUCUGCUUGAGAAAAUGCUUGUUUUUGAUCCCAACAAACGCAUUACAGUUGAUGAGGCACUUUGUCACCCAUACUUGUCAUCCCUUCAUGAUAUCAAUGACGAGCCUGUAUGCCCCAGGCCAUUCAGCUUUGAUUUUGAGCAUCCAUCAUGCAGUGAAGAGCACAUCAAAGAGCUCAUCUGGAGGGAAUCGAUUAAGUUCAAUCCAGACCCCCAAUCCAUUAGGAUAUAAUGAUUUUACAUAUGCUGUAGAAAUAUAUGGUGGACAAGCUUUUCCCUUGUAUGCGGUGUAUCAUUCCCCGGAUGAUAGGAAUAGAUCCUGAAAAAAACAUGUUUACUUGCAACUUGAGGUCAUUAAUGUGCAAUGAACUGAAGGAUUUGGUAUUUGACUGAAAUCAGCAUGUCCCAAGUGGAUGGUCAAUGGUUCUUAUAUUGAGCUAUAUUUAGGUUCCAAAAGGGAUGUUGAUGCCCAAAACAAAAGUUGAAAUCAGCGAAAAGAUUGGUGCUGAUCUUUUCAUUGAUUUACAACUUGGCAUAAUUGCAAUGUUGCAUUGCUGAUGAAUAUGUAUUUGUUCUUCUUAACAAUCAAAUAAAAAGGGUCUGGUGAAAGCUAUUUCUGGUUC